AUGGCUUUGCGUCACGUCGCUGAUGAUAUAGCAUGUGCAGCAACAGCCGAUGCAGCAGCAGCACAAUGCGAUGCACUGCGAGAAACCAAGGCAGCAGGUGCAGACGCAGCAACAGAAGGGCUGCCGCUCUGGCGCCAGGUCUUCCUAAGAAGGACCAGGAUUAAGCACUUGCUGCAGCAUGAGUGGUUUGCUGAUGUCUGUACUGCACACGCAGCAGCGCUGGAGGAAAAUCGCCGGCUGCUAGCGAACCAUGCGUCUAUCUUGGCUGUUCGCUCUGCCGCCGCAGCACAAGAGGGAGUAGCAGCAGCUGCUGCUACUGCUGCUGGUACAGGCUCGCCAUCGACAGACCAACGCCUGCUGCUGCAAAGCGCACAAGAUGCAGCAGCACUCAAACAGCAGGUAAGGACGAUACAGACAGCAGCAGCAGCGGCACAACGUCAAUAUGAGAAGCACCGACGGCACCUAGAAACGGAGCUGCUUCUGUUGCAGCAGCAGGUGCAACAACAGCAGCAAGUCCUUGCGGAUAAAGACCGAGAACUACUGCAGCAGCAGCGUCUGCUGAGAGAGAAGGAGGAGGAAGUUUCCGAGAAGGAAGCUCAGGCAGCAGCAACUCGCAGGACGUGCUUGUUGCUUGUGCAGCAGCAGCAGCAGCAGCAGCUAGUUGUGCAGAAGGCGCAACAGGAAGUUGCAGCGAAAGCCCUAGAGACGGAAGGCUACCUGCGGGAGCUUCUGCGCUACAAGCAAGCAGAAGCAGCUUCUCUCGAGCUGCUGCAGCAGCAGAUGCAUGCAGGACCACCGGAAAACGCCGAUUCUGCUGUUGCAGCAGCCCCAGGGAGCACCAGAAGCAGUGAAGGCUGCAGCUGCUGCUCAUGCCGGUGCUGGGCCCGCUUCAGCUGCAGCCCGUGGGGCUGCAGUAGCUACGUUGGGAAUGAACGGUGCUGUUGGAACGUCUAG